AUGUAUGUGGCCAACCAGACAGCUACCAAGAGAGACACUGGAAAUCUACCAGUUAUUAGACAAGAUUUCUCACACCAGGGGGAAGAUUCUGAUAAGGAAGCACUGGAUGACGAUUCUUUAGAAGCAGCUGAGAAACAAUACUACAAGGAUAUUGGUGAAUUACAAUGCUUAGAAACAUUGAAUCUCUCCCAUAAUGAGCUCACUGGUUCCAUUCCAUUAUCUUUUGAUAAUAUGUCAAGUUUGACAUUGGUAGAUGUAUCUUUCAAUCGGUUGGAGGGUCCUAUUCCUAACAUGAAAGCUUUUCGAGAGGCUCCAUUUGAGCCGCUCAGAGGUAAUAAAGGUUUACGUGGUAAUGCUACUCGUUUGAAGACUUGCUUGCCUAAAAUGAACAAUGAGAUUGAGAACACAACAGAUGAACCAAGACAAGUAGAUAAUCAAAAUUUGUUUGCAAUUUGGAGCUAUGAUGGGAAAAUGGUGUAUGAAAACAUCAUUGAAGCGACUGAGAACUUCAGUACCAAACAUUGUGUUGGGGAGGGAGGAUGUGGUACUGUUUAUAGAGCUGACCUUCCAAGUGGUCAGGUAGUUGCUGUGAAGAAACUUCAUGAAUCACCCGAUGGUGACUUGACUAAUCUAAAAAGCUUUAUGAGUGAGAUCAAUUUCGGCACAGCUAGAUUUAUGAAGCCUGACUCAUCUAAUUGGACUUCAUUUGCAGGAACCUAUGGGUACACUGCUCCUGAACUUGCUUAUACAAUGGAAGUGAAUGAGAGGUGCGAUGUUUAUAGUUUUGGGGUGCUUACACUGGAAUUGAUUACAGGGAAGCAUCUGGGUGAUCUAAUCUCCUCUUUGUCAUCAUCGUCAUCCUUCUCCUCAUCAGCAUCAACUGUGCAUGGAAGGAUGUGUUGGAUCAACGUCUCUUACCUCCUAAGAAUCAAGUGGCAGAGCAACUAG